AUGCGCCAAACAGCUUGGGCGGCGUCGCUGCUCGCCUUGAUCAGUCUGACAGGCAGCUCUGCAGCUCACAAAACGCUGGCCAACUAUUCGCUCCCCGAUUCGCAAGCUUCCCUCUUCUCCUUGUACGAUGAUCGCCCAGACGGAUGUCCGCCAUGCUUCAACUGCAACCUCGACGACUUCAAGUGCCACCAGUUCGCCGACUGUAGCAAAGCCAACGGCCGAUGCAAUUGUCCGCCAGGCUUCGGGGGAGUAGACUGCUCAGAACCGCUGUGCGGCUCGCUGGCAGAUGGCAAAGACCGCGCACCCCGUGGAGGCGAGGCAGAGUGCCAGUGCAAAGAGGGCUGGACAGGCAUCAACUGCAACGUCUGCGAGACGAAUCAAGCUUGCAAUGCUCUCAUGCCAGAAGGCGAGGGUGGCGUGUGCUACAAAGACGGCCAACUGGUCAAGGAGAACUACCAGAUCUGCGACAUCACCAACCGGAAGAUUCUCGAUCAAUUAAAGGAAAAGAAGCCGCAGGCCACCUUCUCCUGCAACGCCGAAUCAGAAGAGUGCAACUUCCAGUUCUGGGUCGCCCAACGCGAAUCGUUCUACUGCUCCCUCGAUACCUGCACCUCGCAGUUCACAGCCGAAUCCGACCGCAACAUCACAAAAUACCGAUGCGAGAAUAUCAAGUGCGAGUGUGUGCCCGACAGGAUGCUCUGCGGAGAGGACGGCUCGGUGGACAUUGGAGACUUUCUGAAGGAGAGCAUCAAGGGUCCUGCUGAAUUCAGGUCCAUUGCCUCGACCAACAGCAAGGAAAGCGGAAGCGUCUUCUCCGAACCUGCCAUGAACGACUUGAUCCAGUCCAUUUUCGGAGACGAGAGCAUCUUCCUGCAAUGCGACACGGGCGAGUGCUUGUAUCACACCGAGGUGCCCGGCUAUGAGAGGCCAGUGAAGAAGAUCAAUACGCCGUUGAUCGCCGGUGUCAUUGCGGGAUGCGCUCUGUUCAUCGUGGCAGCUAUCCUGGGCAUUUGGUACCUGACUCAUCGCAACGAAUACCAGCGAUAUGGCGCCAUCCACCUCUCAGACGACGAGGAAGAUGAGAAUGCCAAAUUGCUGGCCGAUCACAAGCCUGCCGCUCUCCUCUUCGAAAAUGUCGCGUACAACCUAAACGGAAAGCAGAUUUUGACUGGCAUCUCGGGUGCAGUCCACCCUGGAGAGCUCCUUGCCAUCAUGGGGGCUUCGGGUGCUGGAAAGACUACUUUUCUGGACAUAUUGGCGCGCAAGAACAAGAUUGGUGCUACCAGUGGCGACUUCUACCUGAAUGGAGAGAAGAUCAGGGACGACGAGUUCCGUGGUGUUAUUGGAUUUGUUGACCAGGAGGAUACCCUCCUUCCGACAUUGACCGUUCACGAGACCAUUCUAGAUUCAGCCCUGCUUCGCCUGCCCAAGGAGAUGAGCCGCAUGUCCAAGGAGCAGAAGGUGGAAGACGUCGAACGCCAACUGGGCAUCUACCACAUUCGUAAUCAAAAGAUUGGAUCUGAAGAGAGUGGGCGUGGCAUCUCUGGUGGUGAGAAGCGCCGUGUGGGUAUUGCCUGCGAGCUCGUCACAUCACCCAGCAUUCUCUUCUUGGAUGAGCCUACGAGUGGACUGGACGCCUUUAACGCCUUCAAUGUUGUGGAAUGUCUUGUCAACCUCGUCAAAAAUUACAACCGAACCGUAGUCUUCACGAUCCACCAGCCGCGGUCCAACAUUGUCGCUCUCUUUGAUCAACUGAUUCUUCUCGCCAAAGGUAGGGCCGUCUACUCGGGGCCCUUUGAAAACUGUCAAGCCUAUUUCGACGACAUUGGCUACACUUGCCCACCUGGCUUCAAUAUUGCGGAUUACAUUGUCGAUCUUACUAUGCACGCAAGCGCAGCCCGUCACACCAUAGACGAGGAUAGCUCCCUGUUCAACAGAGAAGGUCUCCACACCAGUGCAAGCAGCGCCAUUGCUGUCAAGUCCAUCCCAAGUAUCAACACAUCCGAAUUCGACAGAGACGUGCCAGGUAGUCCGAGCAACUCUAGCAUACGACCCAAGGGCAAGCGGAGGACUUCGAUCAAGCAGCAGCAAGAGCGCGAGUUGUUUACUCGGAAGAAGACUGCCUCUCUACAGAACGGCACCAUGUCACCCAAGACUGACGACGAGGUCCCCUAUGAUCGCCGAGGCGCCAUCAAGGCUCAAUGGCUGAAGCUCACACGUCAACAGGGUGGUGUACCGCCUCAGAUUCUGGAAGACCCUGACGAGUACCCACCGCCUGCCAAUGGCAGUACUGGAACCAAUCUGGACAUUCUCAUCAACGCGUACAACGCCUCGGACAUUGCUGCCAGCUUACGCGAAGACAUUGCUAGUGCGGUCGCCAGUGCAAACCAAGCCAACGGCACAAACGGAGUCUCGGACCUCAACGGUUUUGUAGCGGCUGGCAAGUUGAAGGGCUUCCGCAAGGUUGGAUUCUUCGGCCAGUUCAGCAUCCUGUCUCGGCGGACAUGGCGUAACUUGUACCGCAACCCGAUGCUCAUGCUCACCCACUAUGCCAUCGCCAUCGUGUUGGCAGUCUUCCUCGGCUUUCUCUUCUACGGUCUCACCGACGAUAUCAAGGGCUUCCAGAACCGUCUCGGCCUGUUCUUGUUCGUCCUCUCGCUCUUCGGCUUCAGCAGCUUGACCAUCCUCACCGUCUUUGCUCCCGAACGCCUCCUCUUCACCCGCGAGCGCGCCAAGGGCUACUACUCCCCGCCCUCGUAUUUCCUCGCCAAGGUCCUCUUCGACAUCAUCCCCUUGCGUCUCCUGCCUCCGCUCAUCCUCGGCAUCAUCGUGUAUCCCAUGACCGGCCUCAUACCCGCCUGGGCCAACUUUUUGAAAUUCGAGCUCUUCCUCACCCUCUUCAACCUCGCGGCCGCUGCCAUCUUCCUCUUCAUCGGCAUCGUGUUUCGCAACUCUGGGGUCGCGAAUCUCAUUGGUGUCCUUGUCAUGCUGUUUAGUCUGUUGUUUUCGGGCUUCUUCCUGAACAAGGAGAGUAUCCCCGCUAUUGCAAAGUGGCUGCAAUCUCUCUCCAUCUUCCACUACGCCUUUGAAGGCCUCAUCGUCAACGAAGUCAAAUACCUCUCCCUCAUCGACCACAAGUACGGGCUGGAUAUCGAGGUGCCCGGCUCGGCUAUCCUGAGCUCUUUUGGGUUCAACACGGCUGCGCUGUGGACGGAUUGUAUUGGUCUCGCUGUGUUUGGGUCUGCGUUUGUGGUGCUGGCGUAUUUGGCGAUGCAUUUGUUGUUGGUGGAGAGGCGGUAG